CUUCUCAUUUCCACCUUCAAAACUUCUCAACCUCUUGUUUUCUUUCUUGCUUUCUAUCUAAAACUCAUCCAUAACAACACACUAUUUUUUUUAUCUUUAUCUUGUUGAUGUGAUUCUCUUCAUUAUUAUUAUUAAUUAUUAUUAUCUUCCAAAUCAAACCCUAGCUACCCUUUUACAAAAGAGAAAGCUCUCCAAGAGGGAAACAUGGUUUUUACUUCCAUACCAACUGCUUAUCUUGAUGCAGCCAACUGGCAACAACAGCAACAAAAUCAUCAACAACAUGGAAACGGCGGUUCCGUCUCUCAACAACUGCUUCAAUCACCACCACCACCUCAGCCACCGUCUCAACCUAAUGGAGGAAGUGCCGGCUCAAUUAGGCCGGGAUCCAUGUCCGACAGAGCAAGGAUGGCCAACAUGCCUAUGCCAGAGACGGCACUGAAAUGUCCACGUUGCGAAUCAACCAACACAAAAUUUUGCUAUUUCAACAACUAUAGUCUCUCUCAGCCACGACACUUCUGCAAGACUUGCAGAAGGUACUGGACGAGAGGAGGUGCUCUAAGGAAUGUCCCGGUCGGCGGAGGAUUUCGAAGAAACAAAAGAAGCAAAGGAAGCAACGCCGGAAACUCCACAAAAUCUCCGGCAAGCUCCGACCGCCAAACGGGUAGUGCUAGUUCAACAAACUCAAUCAACUCCAACAACAAUCACCCUUCUAAUGAUAUAUUAGGCCUUACACCACAUAUGGCUUCUUUAAGGUUCAUGGCACCAUUGCAUCAUAAUAUUAACAACCUCAAUGAUUUUGGAGGAGGAGAUAUAGGUUUAAACUAUGGAUUUAGUUACAUGGGAGGAGGAGGAGGAGGAGGAGGUGACUUAGGAAGUGCUUUAGGUGGUGGAAAUGUUGUUAACUCAAUUUUAUCUUCAAGUGGUUUGGAACAAUGGAGGAUGCCAUUACAAAUGACUCAACAACAACAUCAAUUUCCUAAUUUUUUGGCUGGUUUAGAAGGUUCAUCAAAUGGUUUAUACCCUUUUGAAGGAAAUACUCAAAAUCAUCAUGAAUUAAUAACUAGUGGAUAUUUGAGGCCAAAGGUAAUUAACUCAACUUCAGGAAUUAUGACUCAACUAGCUUCUGUGAAAAUGGAAGAUAGUAAUAUUAAUUUAUCAAGACAAUUUUUGGGAAUCAGCAACAAUAAUAUUAAUGAUAAUCAAGGAAGUGAGCAAUUUUGGAAUAGUGCUAUUGUUGCUAGUAAUUCUUCAGCUACUUGGAGUGAUCAUGUUUCUGGAUUUAGCUCUUCUUCUAAUACUACUAGUAACCAUAUGUAGAAUUUUAUAAUGUUAUUGUGUGUGAAGUGAAGUGAAGCUUAUGGUUUUGGUUAGUGGCUUCAAUUUCAUUAACUUAAAGAGACAAAUUUUCAUCUUAAUAUGAUGAAUUGAUCAUCAAGAAGUUUGAGGAUGGUUUUGAGUACAUCAAUUGCUUCUUUAGAUCAAUUGAAAACCCUAGGGAUGUUAGCUUCUUGUCUUUUUUUGUUUUUAAAAAAAAAAUUGUUUUCAUUGUUUUAUGUUCUUCUAUAUAUCUUCCUUUUAAUAGGUUUAAUUAAUUUAGGUUGCUUUGUAUGAGAAGGUUGAAUAUAUACAGUAACAUUGUGAGUUCAAAGGAAUGAAUACUAUUUAUAUAUUUUGGGUUGAAGAA